AUGUUGGCUGAUGACAACAACCUGGACAGCUCCAUCAGUACCACCGGGGUGGGCUUUAAGAUCCGGACCAUCAAGCUGGAGUGGAAGACUAUCAAACUCCAGAUAUGGGACACAGCCGGCUGGGAGCACUUCCAGCUUGUCACAUCCAGUGACUAUGGAGGAGCUGCGUGUAUGAUGGAACAGACCAGCAACAUGCACCUGUGGCUAGAGACCAGCCGCUAUGCCGGCAAGAAGGUGCUGGAUUACAUCACGGCCAAGGGCAGGCCCUGGGAGGAGCAGAUUAGGCAAGAAGAUGUGUCCACGCAGGAAGUGCUGUUCCUGGAGACCAGCCCCAAGAACGCCACCAACAUGGAGCGGGCCUCCGUCACCAUGGCGGCCGAGCUCAAGAACCGGGCAGAGCACGAGUGCUUGACUUUCUCCCCCUUCCGCCCCCGGCUCAAAGCUGAGUAUGGCUGGAAGGGGAGCUGGAAAAGGUGA